AGAUGGAAGAUAUACAAAAGUAGUAGCAUCCACCUGAUGAUACCAAAAACUCCCUUCUAUAUAUAAUAGCGAAGCUAUUCAAAGCAAACACCAUCUACUCUCUCUCUCUCUCUCUCUUGGGGAGCUAAGGAGGAGUGAUCGAUCUUCCAUGUGGAGAUAGAUGCGAUGGGACUCAAGUCCUUAAGCCUCCAGACGAUACCGUGGGGCUUCCACGUGGUGGGGGCCCACUGCCGGCCCAGCGGCGGUCGCCGUACCAGCCCAGCUCCGGUCCGGCUGAUCGGCUCCGACGGCCGGGUGCAGGUGUACAACCGGCCUGUGGCAGCUGCGGAGCUGAUGAAGGAAUACCCCCGCCACCUUGUCUGCCGCUCAGACUCCUUCUUCAUCGGCCGGAAGGUCCCCGCCCUCGCCGCCGGCGAACACCUCCAACCCGGGCAGAGCUACUUCCUCCUCCCCUCCCACUUCUUCCACUCCGUCCUCUCCUUCGUCACCUUUGCCUCCUCCUUCACCACCCUCAACCACCCCAAUGGCGUCAAGAAGCAAGCCGUCAUAAGGCCGUUCGACGUCCAGAAGACGGCGGAGGGGACGCUCCAGAUAACGGUCUCCGACGAUUUCUUUCUUGUAGAUAAGGUUAAGCAAGAGGAGGAGGAACAGAACAGAAGACGGGUUUGUACGACGGAGGCGUUGGAGAAGGAGUACGGGCGGCUGGUGAGGUGCAAGUCGGCGAAGUGGAGGCCGAAGCUAGAGACUAUAGGGGAGGCGGCGACGGAGAGGAGGAGAGGGGGGUGGAUCCGAAGGGGAGUGUUGGGGUUUGUGAGGUUGAGGAGGAGGAGGAAGAAGAAGGGGGCCCACUGCACGUAAGACACGACUGGAGGUUUGUAAAGAGGAAAAAAAAGAAAAAGAAAAAGCAAGAAAAAGAAAAAGAGAAGGGUGUAAUAACAAAGGGCCGAGGAGCCUUUGUUCAUUUUGUCCUUUUUGCCCUUUUUUUUUAAUUUUAAACAGUUGUAGUCUUGUACAUGGUUUAAAUGUAAAGCAAUUGCAAGUUAAUGUACAAUGAAUGGCUUAAAGAAAAAUGUUAAAAGGCA